AUGACAGCUUCCCCGAUAGACUUGUCACACCACUUCUCCUACACUGCCAAAAAUCGUGCAGCCAGCUUCGUUAAAGCCUUUUAUAAGUAUUAUCAGAUCCCAGGAAUCGCCAAUUUUGCCGGAGGCUUGCCACACCCCUCAUACUUCCCUUAUGACACAUUAGAGGCCAAUGUCGCUCGACCACAACGCUUGAAGCCCGUUACCGCCGGCGAUUCGAAGCCGGAACGAGUGAUCGUCCCUAAAUUAUCUGAAAUCACUGAUGUUCAGCGCCGUAUCGACUUGACCACUGCACUUCAAUAUGGUACUGCAGAGGGAUAUCCGGCCUUGUUAUCUUUCUUAAAACAGUUUGUACGCGAACACCUUCACCCUAAUGUUCCCUAUGAAGGUGGCCCGGAAAUCGUCUUGAGCUGUGGUAAUACCGAUGGGUUCUCAAAGGCUAUUGAACUCUUCACGAAUGUUUGGAACCCCGAUCGAGAUUGGAUCCGUCAACGGGAAGGAGUCCUGUGUGAGGAAUUUUCUUACAUGAACGCCAUUCAAACUGCUAGGCCACGAGGACUGAAUAUCGUUGGCGUGGCAAUUGAUGGAGAAGGGAUGUGUGCGUUCGGUAAAGGAGGUUUGGCGGAUAUCUUAGAAAAUUGGGAUGCUAGACAAGGUCGACGACCCCAUCUCAUGUAUACUGUGACAAUCGGUCAGAACCCCACCGGCGGUGUGCUCUCGAUUCAACGCAAGAGAGCCAUAUACGCACUUUGCCAGCAAUAUGACGUGAUAAUUGUCGAAGAUGAGCCUUAUUGGAAUUUACAGUUCCCAUCUGCAUAUGAGAUGGAGGCCAAUUCCCGUGGAUUACCAACAAAGCCUCCACAAAAUUAUAAUGUGGAUGGAAAAUCUUCAGGGUAUCAUUUUUUGGACUCCUUGGCACCUUCAUAUCUGUCCAUUGAUACGGAGGGCCGGGUUGUCAGACUCGAUACAUUUUCGAAGACCGUUGCUCCAGGGAGCCGACUUGGCUGGAUCACCGCUCAACCCGCCAUUAUUGAGCGUAUCACUCGUAUUACCGAAGUCUCGACGCAACAGCCCUCAGGAUUUGUGCAAUCAGUGAUUGCAGAAAUGCUUAUGGGGAAGCAGAAUGAUGAACAGCCUCGUAUUUUCAAAUCUCAAGGCCCUGACGGUUGGCAGAUGGAUGGCUGGGUACGCUGGCUGGAGGGACUGAGAGCCGGUUAUGAGAAGCGCAUGCAGGCCAUGUGCCAUGUUCUAGAAGAGAACAAAUUUCUGGUCUCUGAGGAAUCCGAGUCAGGUCCUACACCUAAAACCCAGGUCCAAGAUUGGGAGGUAGUAGACCGAGUUCAAAUGUUUGAUUUCGUCUGGCCAAAGGCGGGAAUGUUCACCUGGAUUAAAGUUGAUUUCGAGACUCACCCUCUUCGAUCUCAGUAUAGCGCUCAAAAGUUGUCCAAGGCCUUUUGGAUUCACCUUACUCAAAAGCCAGCUCUGUGCUUAGUUGGUCCGGGCAGCAUGUUUGCCCCUACUCCUAAAUCUGUGGCGGAGGCUCACAAGUAUCUCCGUCUUUCUUUUGCACCUAUGGACAUUGAUGAGGUGGCUCCGUUUACAUACAGACUUGUGGAAGGCUUUCGAUCCUUUUGGCAUCGCAAGGAUCUGGAUGGCUUGGACGACGAUCUACCAACUUUGGAGAUGCACAUGCGCCAGCUUGGUCCCGGUGCCAACUUUUUGGGCACUGGCUGUUGA